AUGGGCGACGCUCCACCGCAAGAACACCUCCUCGUGAUCCUCCCAUUCCCCGAACCUAUCGCACUGAUUGAAGAGAUUCGGAACAGCUUUCCCCAUAUUCGAGUCACUUUUUCCCGGCAGAAACGUGAAGAUCAGGUCCAUGGGAAAGUCCCAACAGAUCUCCUAGCUUCAGCAACAAUCCUGUGCAUCCUGCAUUAUCACCCGGUUCUCGAGGAAAUUCCGAGGGUGAAAUUGAUCCAUGUCAUAUCCUCAGGCAUGGACCUUUUCUUAAACCAUCCUAUGGUGACAGACUCUAAUAUCCCUUUGACAACGACCUCCGGUAUUCACGGCCCACCAAUAGCGGAAUGGGUGGUUAUGAACUGGCUUGUGUCCUCCAGACUGUAUGACGAAACGUCGGAAUGGCAGAGGAAGCAUACCUGGCAUCUCAACCAAACGCUUAUGCACAAGUUGGAGGAUAAUGUGGGCAAGAGGGUGGGCAUUCUAGGAUAUGGAAGUAUUGGGCGCCAAGUUGCUCGCGUUUCUGUCGCCAUGGGUAUGGAAGUCCUCGCAUAUACUUUCUCUCCCCGCAACACCCUUGAAUCGCGACGAGAUACUGGCUACAUCGUGCCGACCACCGGUGACCCUGAUGGCACCCUGCCAGUAUCCUGGCAUUGCGGCUCCGGCAAAACAGCCCUCCAUAGUUUCCUCUCUCAAAAUAUGGACUACCUCCUUAUUUCCGUCCCGCUAACCCUUUCAACGGAAAAGCUAAUUGGUGCGGAAGAAAUGGCACUCCUCUCAAGAUCCUGCACCAGCACCACACGACGUCCUUUCCUCACCAACAUCUCCAGGGGCAAGGUGAUUGAUCAGAAUGCGCUAAUGGAGAGUUUAAAAUCGGGCGAGCUGAGCGGGGCGGCGGUCGAUGUGACCGAUCCCGAGCCCUUACCCUCCGACCAUCCGCUGUGGGACGUCCCAAAUUUGCAUAUUUCGCCCCAUGUGAGUUCCUUAGGAAUCGAGUAUAUGGGGCGAGCAUUGGAUGUGUUGAAAGUGAAUCUGGGAAGACUGGAAAGGGGGGAGAAUCUGGUUAAUCUCUACCAGAGGCAUAUGGGCUAUUAG